UAAAACUCAAUUCCUUUUUCUUUCCUUCCUUCAUCAAAUCAGAGAGAUUGGAGAAGGGGAAAAAACGAAAACCAGACCAAAGCUAAAAAAGAAAACACGAACAAACCCUCUCCGAUCCUCUGAAACCAAACCCAUCGUAAUCUUCCCAACACAACCCCACUUGCAAGUAUAUUCUCUCACCGAUCCCGGAGUUAUCUUCCUUUUCCGGUCAGGGAAUACCGCCAUGGACGCGUACUGCUCGGACUGCAAGCGGAGCACGGAGGUGGUGUUCGAUCACUCGGCCGGAGACACUGUCUGCUCCGAGUGUGGUCUCGUCCUCGAGUCGCACUCCAUCGACGAGACCUCUGAAUGGAGAACCUUCGCCAACGAGUCCGGCGACAACGACCCGGUCCGUGUCGGAGGACCCACAAACCCUCUUCUCACCGACGGUGGCCUAUCCACCGUCAUAUCGAAGCCCAAUGGUGUCACCAGCGAUUUUCUCUCCUCGUCGUUGGGUCGCUGGCAGAAUCGCGGCUCCAAUCCGGAUCGAUCUCUUAUUUUGGCAUUCAAGACCAUCGCCACCAUGUCUGAUAGGUUGGGCCUUGUUGCGACCAUAAAGGACCGGGCUAAUGAGAUAUACAAGAAGGUUGAAGAUCAAAAAUCUAGUAGAGGAAGAAACCAGGAUGCCUUACUGGCUGCAUGCCUGUACAUUGCUUGUCGACAAGAAGACAAGCCGCGUACUGUAAAGGAAAUUUGCUCUGUUGCCAAUGGAGCGACAAAGAAGGAAAUUGGCCGAGCAAAAGAAUAUAUAGUGAAACAGCUAGAGCUUGAGAUGGGUCAAUCGGUGGAGAUGGGAACUAUACAUGCUGGGGAUUUUAUGAGGCGCUUUUGUUCGAAUCUUGGUAUGACCAACCAGGCAGUUAAAGCUGCCCAGGAAGCGGUCCAGAAGUCAGAAGAGUAUGAUAUAAGGAGAAGUCCAAUAUCAAUUGCAGCAGCUGUAAUUUAUAUUAUAACUCAGCUUUCAGAUGAAAAGAAGCCCCUCAAAGAUGUUUCACUUGCAACUGGAGUUGCAGAAGGAACAAUCAGAAAUUCUUACAAGGAUCUUUAUCCCCAUAUUUCAAAGAUAAUUCCAAGCUGGUAUGCGAAGGAGGAGGACCUCAAGAACCUCUGCAGCCCUUGAAUUAUUGAGCAAACAAAAGCGGAAAAUUUCAUUUUUAAAUUGGUUUGGGAGCGUUUUGUUUUGGGUGUGGCAAUGAAGGACAUACAAACAAGUCACAGUUCUUUCCCCAUACGGCUAAGUAUAAAUUGAAUCAUGGAUUCUGCUUGCACUGGCAGCAAAGUUUUAACAUCAAUUUUUAAUUUAAGAGCUGAAGUUGUAAAAA